GUUGGCGCGAGCGGUAAGACGCUCCGAUCAUCCGCUCUUGGAGGAUCGCAUCGACGGUUUGGCGAAAACGCGACGGGCUCUAUCGCAGAUCUCUCGAAUUCGACCACGUGCACUGUGUUCAGGGAUGUAAGUGAGACGGAGGAGACCCGAGAAAUUAUUAGGAUAUAACGCACUAUUUGUCCGGAGCGUAUUUUUACUGCCGAUUCACGACUUGAGAAAAAGCAGGGUUCAGUCUUCGUCGUCGUAUCAUCGUCGAUCCCCAAGCCGACCCGUCAGCGUACAUACCUUCGUUCUCACAGUGUAGUGCAAUCUCUCGUUCUCGUCGAUGCGGCGGGAACUUGGGCGGAAGUGGCAGGGAGUGGAAGCGAUACCAAAAUCGAACGCGGGGUGCUGCCGCGCGAUCUACGAGUUUCGUGGCGCGAGGUGGUGAUCAUCCCCCGUUGUGGAUUGCCUCGGGUUAGUGUCUUCCGCGACUUGGGGGGUCGCGUCUGGGACUCGCCGCCGCAACAUGGGCUGCGAACUUAGCAAACUGGCCACCACGAAAUCGCGCAAUCAAGCCGGAAACGAUGGCUCGUCGCCGCCGCCGCCGCCGCCGGCCGCCACGGAUCCUCGACUUCCGCUCACGGCUAGGCAAAAAUUCACGGUUAUCGCCAGCUGGAAAGCGGUCUCUAGGGCACUGGAGCCCACGGGUAUAUACAUGUUCAUAAGAUUAUUCGAAGAGAACGCGGAAUUGCUAAAUAUGUUCACGAAGUUUCGGGAUCAGAAGACAAAGGAGCAGCAGUCUGCGAGCAUGGAACUGGCCGAGCAUGCGAAAACGGUCAUGUCCACCCUCGACGAAGGUAUCAAGAGCCUGGACGACAUGGAUGUGUUCCUGACGUACCUUCACGAGGUCGGGGCCUCUCACACGAAGAUCCCCGGCUUCAACCGGCAAUACUUCUGGAAAAUCGAGAAGCCGUUUCUGGAUGCGGUGGAACGCACGCUGGAAGACCGAUAUUCGGAGAACGUGGAGAAUAUCUACAAGCUGACGAUCAAGUUCAUCAUCGAGACGCUGAUCGACGGCUUCGACAAGGCACAGAGCGACAAGGCCAAGUCCUAGUCG